CCCACAUUUAACGUAAAGAACAGAGCGCAAAUCUAUAAAGCCUACAUGAGUGUAAGUUAUCUCUUUUUCUUUUGGAUAAUGUCCAUCUUCACCCUAUAGCUGGAAUAAAUGAUGCUUGCCAAUCAAUGCCUGCUUUUUUUAAGCACGUUCAACUUUCCACAAGUGUCGUACGCUAUAAAUUCUACAUUCAAGUUAUGGAAUUGAUCAGAAGAACUGGGAUCACACCCAUUAUUUAUGCUCAUUGUCAAGGUUGCAUGUAAUGCAUUUUGCUCUAAAGCUGUGUUAGGUGUACAAGAACAAUCACGCACCCUUGCGAGCCAAAAAUGUGUAUAUCGUUCUUUUUAAAAUACACUGUUCAAUUGCAUCUUAUUAUAAUCAGAUUUCUUUUUUGAACAGAUGUGUUAGAAUUUGUUUGGAUAUUGAUGAACUUGGGUGAAAAUGUAUACUACAGUAUCAUGGUGAUUUUAAUAAACUAAUCUAAAAUAAAUGUUUAUAAAACUCAAGCAUGUAAGUAAUUGAAAGUAUGAUGAUUGGCUGUUAAGAGUCUCAGACCUCAAUCAGUUCUUAUCUGGCAGUUAUGAAGCCCAGUGGAGCUGCAGGAGGCGCAGUGUGUGGCGCAUUGAGUUUAAUAAAGCACGUCCUGCGCGCACACACACACACACACAUACAGUACUCGGGGGAGGGAGGACACACCGUUUUUUUUCUUCUGUAAUCCCUUACAGUGUGUGGACAGUGUAGAAUGAGGUAGCAGGGCUGCAGGAAACCCCCGAGAUUCGUGUCACCAGGACAGUGGGAUGAGUGAGUGUGAGUGGAUUUGGGCUUUGGGUUUAAAGCAGCAUUUCGAAGAAACUUCACCUGCAAGGUCUCAUUCCGACAUGGCCAUUUUUUAAUAACUGCUAUAUUGUUUGUCAAGAAAGAGACUGAAAUUUUCAAGAACAAAAAAAAGCUACUAAUAAAAGCGCACGAUGGAAGUUUGCAAAGGGAGAUUGCUGGGGAUCACUGUGGCGGUGGCGCACGGUGUUUUCUCCGGAUCGCUUAACAUCCUGCUAAAGUUCCUCAUCACUACGUACCACUUCACGUACCUGACUCUCAUCCAGUUUCUGACCAGCUUCACGGCGGUGAUUACGCUGGAGGUCCUGCGACGGAUCGGUGCAGUGAACAUCCCGCCGCCUAGCGCGCGCCUGACCCGAGUGUUCGCUGGUGUGUGCGCGCUCUCCACGCUGCAGUCCACGCUCACGCUGUGGUCCCUGCGCGGCCUCAGCCUGCCCAUGUACGUGGUGUUUAAACGCUGUCUGCCGCUCGUCACUCUCGCUGUCGGUGUGUGCGUCCUUCGGGACGGAGCGCCAUCAUUCGGGGUCACCGUGGCUGUGCUUAUAACCACCGGCGGAGCUGCACUCGCGGGUGCAGGAGACCUCACAGGCGACCCCUUUGGCUAUGUGACAGGCAUUUUAGCUGUUAUUAUCCAUGCCUCAUACUUGGUACUCAUCCAAAAGACAAGUGUGGAAAGCGAGUACGGUCCGCUGACGGCUCAAUACAAUAUCGCCUUGGUGGCCUCGCCCGUGCUGCUUGUCUGUUCCCUCGUGAGCAUGGAUGCCAUUGACAUGUGGACCUACGAGGGCUGGAGUAAUCCGAUCAUCACAGGAAUCUUCUGCGUCUGUGUAAUUAUUGGCUGCGCUAUGAACUUCACCACGCUGCACUGCACGUACAUUAACUCAGCAGUGACCACCAGCUUUGUGGGGGUGGUAAAGAGCAUUGCUACCAUCACUGUGGGCAUGCUGGCCUUCAGCGACGUCGAGCCCACCAACCUGUUCAUAGCCGGUGUAGUGGUCAACACCGUCGGCUCCAUCACCUACUGCAUAGUAAAGUACUACGAGACCAAGAAGAAGCUCAGCUAUGAGGACAUGGAAAAGGCCGCAAAGGAUGAGGAACCACCCGGAGAGCCGUAUGUGGAACCUCCAACCAAACCUGAUGGAGAUGUGGAGAGUUUUCCAAAUGGCUGCCUGACUGAAUCGUUGGAGGGCAGUGGCCUGGGUCAUGUGUCUGACAAUAAAGUUGCAGAAUCUAUAGAGUUACAAACACCAGCACUGGCACCAGAGAGCGAACCUGGAAACCAGAAUUUAAGUAACAAUUUUGUGGACGUGUGGCGAUCAGUGCGCACCUUAAAGUUCCUUAAGAAAGACACAUUAUUGGACAACAUGGAGGUGCAAAGUCCUUGAUGAAGGUUAAAAGAGAUGCAUGCUAAGUUUAAACAUUCUCACAGACUGACUAUGUGAGCAAGAGGAAUGUUGCCUUUUAUUACUCACUCUCUUAAACCUGGAUUUAUGGAAAGCUAGUAUUUUUUUAAAAACAUACUAUGAUUUGUUUGUAAGUAGGCAGAAGUCAUAUAUAGGCUGUUUUUAAGAAUGGGCGUUCAUGAUGACUGAUCAGUUCUCUCAGUGUCUUAUAGGGCAUUAAAUCCUUCAAAAAAUGUAAUUCUCACAGUUUUACGUAUGGUCGAACGAGGCGGUUUACAUUAGAUGUAGGUGAUAAGGCAGGACGUGUUUGGUGUGUGAAGUUUUCUUUUUAGGUUUUGCAAAACCUACCUAAGAAGUAAUUCAUUUAAUAGAUGACUUCCCGUAAGCUAUAAACAUAAACAACCUGCACAAUGAAACUGAAAAUGGUUACAGGGCAGCCAUCUUGGAAAACCACUUUUCCCCUUAACACAGUUUAUAUAUACACUCUUAGAAAGGGUUAUUCAACUGACACUUAAGAGUUUACUUUGUAUUAUACAAGUUUAUUCAAAGCUUUCUAAAACUAAACACUAUCAGAGAACCCUAUAGGAUUUAUCAAAACUUAAGAGGAACCCUUAAAAGUUCUAGAUUUUCUAGUAGUUGUAUAUUCUAGACCAGACCUUGUCCAACUUUGUUUUUUGUAUUCAAACUUUUUCACCUUCUCAGGUCUUAGUUAACUGUGGUUAGCUGGUUACAGACACUUUCCCCAUUUUUGCCAACAUCUUUAACCCCAAUAACAAGCUUGUCAAUACUUAAAAUAAAGGGAUAUACGAGACAUUUUGACCAUUUUUGACCAAAUGGUUUAAACAUAAUCAAUUUAAAAAUGAGGGCACUGCAUUAGUGCAUCAAGGCCAAAAAUAUUAUAAGUGUGAAAAGGGAGAAGGAGGCGGGGCUUGUUUUCAUUAUUGAGAAAAACUUAUGUCAUUUUCUUGUUGGCAUAUUUUCCAACAUGCUCCAAUGUUAAAAUUUUGUUCACAGUUCUAGUAUAGCAUAGUAAUUUAAUUUAAUUUAAUUUGUUUAUUUGUUUAUUUGUUUAUUUAUUUAUUUUAUUUUAUUUUAUUUAUCCAAUUUAUAAAGUAGUAUCUUCUUGAUAAUCAGGAACAUUUUUCUAUACUAUUCAGUUACACAACAACUAAUUGUGCUUUAAUUUAAAUAAUUAAUGUAAAUGAAAUAUUUCUUAAAACAUACAAAUUAAAACAUUACUUUUUUUAAUGCAGUGCAGAAAUGACAAUAGUAAUACAAAUUCCUUUUUUUUUUAAUCAACCAAGAAUUAUAAUUUAUUUUUGGAUAGUCUUUAAUUCAUCUGGAUCUGGAACUGAAGCAGAAAGCUGGAAGUAAUGUGGAUCGUAAUACAGUUCCAAUCUAAUUUUCUAAACACAUCCUGCAUGGAUGUGUUUGAAAAGACUGAACUUUAUGCAAAGUUUAUAGUAUUUGUCAGGAACACUAGAAUAUUACUGAAAUGGACCCCAUCCUAGGUGUAUUCCUGCUUCACAUCCAGUGUUCAUGGGAUAGACUCUGUAUCAGUAAAAAGUUCGCACUUUGUGUGAAAGGCAAACUUCACACAUCAAAUGCAUCACGUCUUGGCUCAUUGCUAAUAUUUAAGGGGAAUAAUUGUGUAAAUUUGUUGAAUUGAUUUGUAAAAUUUGAUGUUUUAUUUUUUAACGAAUCCUUUAAUAAGAAGAAUAUGAUUAAGAAACAAAUCAUUUCAAUUUUCUGAUAAACAACUGAGAUCUUUAGAAUCUAAUUUCUUAUCUAGUUUAUUUUUAGCAUUUUUUUUUUUAUUAUUUUCCUGCACGCGUCAUCUGUCCCGGUCUGGGUUCUGUUCGAGCUGAGAAAAUGCGAUGUCAAAAAAGAAGCCAUGAUCAUUACUUGCAUGUGUCGUGUAACAGUAAUCUUAAACAAGUUUGAUAUGAAACACUUGAAAUGCUCAUGUUAUCAUUAACGAUCAAGCGUCUAUCAGAGAUUCCUGCUGGCUGCCCUGCUUGAGCUGUCAUUGAAGACUUGUUCUGAAUUACACACAGAUGACUUUGAUAAGGGUCACUGAACAUGAAAACGAUCUGGAUUCACUCUGAGAGAUCAGCUCGAGGGCAAGAAGAUCUUGUCUUGGCCUCUUAUCCUUAAUCUUGAAGUCAGCAUCAUUAGAGAAUGUAUUACCUAAGUUUAUAUAGUUGAGGGGGGGUCCGAGUCGAGACACGCCAGGAUGCGACCACCUUCUGAGACCGUGAGCACUGCGAUUUUUUUCCUAUCUCUAACUCAUAUGAGUAUGUUCUGUGUAAAGGGAUGUCUUUGUGAUUAAAAGAGCACAUAUAUGAAUGUAAAAGCUUCCCAGACUUUUUUAACACUUGAUGAACAACAGAUGCUUUUUACUCCAAAAAUACAAAUUUAGCUUAAUCAUCAUCAUAUUUGAACAAGAAAUUGUUUUUUUGAAAAUGUACACAAGCACAAAGGGUGAAGUUUCCUUUUAUCUAAAACACAUACGAUGAGUGGAUGUUCUACGAGGGAUGUGGUAGCUCAGUGGUAAAGUGGUUAAGGCAUUCGACUACUGAACGGAAGGUUGGUUCGAAUCCCAGGUCAACCAAGUUGCCACUGCAGGGCCCCUGAGCAAGGCCCUUAACCCUUAAUUGCUCAGGGUGUAUAAACUGAAAUAAAAAAAAUGUUAGUCACUCUGGAUAAGAGUGUCUGCUAAAUGCUGUAAAUGUAAUGUAAAUGUUCUCGGUGCACACAUUAAUACAGUGUGUAAUGUUCUGCAUUAAUGGAAUAAGCCAACACAUCUCCAUCCACUACAGCUGUCAUCACUAUCCACCAUCCACCAUAGACAAUCAUUUCAACAGUUCUCAGUACUGAGAAAAUCAAACAUAUUCAAAACUCACUUAUAAUUGUAGACUAUGGGGCAGUUAUUAAAUUGAGUCGAUACAAAAAUUUAAUGAGAAACAAAAAUUUUCUUUUCUUUUUUUAAAAUUUUAAAAAUCAAGAAUAUCUAAUUAUGUGCUUCAAGUCUUACUCUUUAUGUGGAGUUUUCUUUGGGGUAUCUAGAUUCCUCCUAACUCCCAAAAACAUGCUAGAUACUUCAUCUGGCUACUUUUUAUUGGCCAUAUGAGUGUGAACAAGUGUGUGAACGAGCGUGUGAAUGUGUGAAUGAUGCUUUGCAUCAGACUGUCUCAUCCCAGGUGUAUUCCUGCUUCACACCCGGUGUUCCCAGGAUACAGGAUGAUCUCUGAUAUAGAGUGACCCAGACCAGAAUAAAGCAGUUACUGAAGAUAUAUUUCUUUUAAGGUAUUCAGAAAGUAAGCCCUAAAUCUGUAAACAAAAUUUGUCUUCACAUAACUUUUCAAUUCGCAGUUGUGUUACUAAACCUAACAGUACAUUUCUGGAAAACUAAAUAAAUAUUUUUUUAAUGUGUUGAAAA